AUGAGCGCCGAAGCGGGCGAGGGCAUCACUUUCUCGGUGCCACCCUUCGCCGAGGGCGGCAGCAGCCGGAGGGGAGGAGCGGCUGUGGCGGCCGAGGACGAGGAGAGCCAGCUGCCGCCGCCGCCGCCGGGCAGCUUCUGGAACGUAGAGACUGCCGCCGCCCCUGGCACCGGUUGUCCCGCUGCCACCUCUGGGAGCAGCGCCACCCGGUGCCGGGGCAACUCUAGUAGCGGAGGCGGCCGACGGACCACGGUGGCAUAUGUGAUCAACGAAGCGAGUCAGGGGCAGCUGGUGGUGGCCGAGAGCGAGGCCCUGCAGAGCCUGCGGGAGGCGUGCGAGACGGUGGGCGCCACACUGGAGACCCUGCAUUUUGGUAAACUGGACUUUGGGGAAACCACCGUGCUGGACCGUUUUUACAAUGCAGAUAUUGCUGUGGUGGAGAUGAGUGAUGCCUUCCGACAGCCGUCCUUGUUUUACCACCUUGGAGUGAGAGAAAGUUUCAGCAUGGCCAACAACAUCAUCCUCUACUGUGAUAAUAAUUCAGACUCUCUGCAGUCACUGAAGGAAAUCAUUUGCCAGAAGAAUACUAUGUGCACUGGGAACUACACAUUUGUCCCUUACAUGAUCACUCCACAUAACAAGGUCUACUGCUGUGAUAGCAGCUUCAUGAAGGGGUUGACAGAGCUCAUGCAACCGAACUUCGAGCUGCUUCUUGGACCCAUUUGCUUACCUCUUGUGGAUCGUUUCAUUCAACUUCUGAAGGUGGCACAAGCAAGUUCUAGCCAGUAUUUCCGGGAAUCUAUACUCAAUGAUAUCAGGAAAGCUCGAAAUUUAUACACUGGUAAAGAAUUGGCAGCUGAAUUGGCAAGAAUUCGGCAACGAGUAGAUAAUAUUGAAGUCUUGACAGCAGAUAUUGUCAUAAACCUCUUACUUUCCUACAGAGAUAUCCAGGACUAUGAUUCUAUUGUGAAGCUGGUAGAGACGUUAGAAAAGCUGCCAACCUUUGAUUUGGCUUCCCAUCACCAUGUGAAGUUUCAUUAUGCAUUUGCACUGAAUAGGAGAAAUCUCCCUGGAGAUAGAGAAAAAGCUCUUGAUGUUAUGAUCCCGCUGGUGCAAAGUGAAGGGCAGGUUGCUUCAGAUAUGUAUUGCCUAGUUGGUCGAAUCUACAAAGACAUGUUUUUGGACUCUAAUUUCCUGGACACUGAGAGUAGAGACCAUGGAGCUUCUUGGAGCUUUCCCAAAUGUGUCUCCUCCCAUCUUCCCAGCCUUCUUAGAAUAUGGGUUUUACAUUUUGAUUUGAGAGAAUUGGCAGUUAUUGGAAGGAAACCGUACUACCACAUCUUGAUGAUAAAGUAUGGCAGGAGAGAACCGAAAAUAGUAUUAAUAUUAGAACCAACCAAAAUCUAUCAACCUUCAUAUUUGUCUAUCAACAAUGAAGUUGAAGAAAAGACGAUAUCUAUUUGGCAUGUGCUUCCUGAUGACAAGAAAGGUAUACAUGAGUGGAAUUUUAGUGCUUCUUCUGUCAGGGGAGUGAGUAUUUCUAAAUUUGAAGAACGAUGCUGUUUUCUUUAUGUGCUUCAUAAUUCCGAUGAUUUCCAAAUCUAUUUCUGUACAGAACUGCACUGUAAAAAGUACAUUUUAUCCACCGAUUCUCCCUACUUUACAGGAAGUCUUUCCGCUCUCCUUCGUUCCAAAUGGGGCCCAUUGAAGGACAAUGAGCAAACAAUUGGCUUUUAUACAAAGCAGAUACUUGAAGGAUUAAAAUACCUCCAUGACAAUCAGAUAGUCCACCGGGAUAUAAAGGGCGACAACGUGUUGAUUAAUACCUAUAGUGGUGUUCUCAAGAUCUCGGACUUCGGAACAUCAAAGAGGCUCGCUGGCAUAAACCCAUGUACUGAAACUUUUACUGACAUCAAUUAUGACUACGAAUAUGAUGAGAAUGGUGACAGAGUCGUUUUAGGGAAAGGCACUUACGGGAUCGUCUACGCAGGCCGAGACCUGAGCAACCAG